AUGAGCGAAGCCCGGCAGAUGGCCGCACCCAAGGAGCAGAUGGUGGCCGCUGCCCGGUCCCUUGCUUGGGCCUUCUUGCUCUUCUCGCUCUUGGUCCAGUUGCCACCGGACGCCCACGGCAUCUGCUUCUUCCAUGCGCAAGCCCCCUGCCGCUACAAGGAGAAGCCCUUUGCUCCCGGAGAGUCCUGGAGGGGCGCCAACUGCUCCAAGUGCUUCUGCCUGGAGCCCCUCGGCGUGGGAUGCUGCGACAUGAUGCAGCUUCCCGUGGACUUCCCGGAGGGCUGCCAGGUGCGCUACGACUCCCGAGCCUGCCAGGUCUCCUUGGUGCAGAAGGGCCGGCCACACCUGCCCUGCGCCAACAGCCUGGAGCCCGGCUGGGGAUCGGGGCAGCCCCCCAAACACAAGGACCCCCGGCCGCCCUCGCCUGGCAAGCAAAGCCCCCACACAGCCCCCGGCAGGUAG